GACACAAGCGAAACCCGAGUGAUAACACUGAGGAAGUAGUGGAGGAUAGUCCCAACCUGUCUGCGACCCUCUAGCGUUUGUAAAGAGGCUUCUCUCUUGGUCGGUAUAAGUAGUGCGCUGGGGGCACUUAAAUGGCUUAAAAAGAAUCCUUGCUAUUUCUAACUCCGGAGAGUUUUGUCCUUCCUUCACGAGUGACCGCCGCUGCUGGAUUUAACGCCGAAAACAAGCAACGCUGAAGAUGCAUAUUCUUGGCGUUCUUCUUCUAAUGUGUUUCGAUGUAACGCUGGGGGGUCCCGUCCCUGUAGAUACUGUCAUAGUGCAGGUGCAGCAGUGGGGCGUGGUGGGUUCUCAUCAAGUCGCGGAGCAGGUCCUUCUCAACGGAGUCUCUCUAACUAGCACAAGUCGGGAAGUUGCCACAGUUAUCAAAACCAUGUUAGCUGGUGCACUACUUCCGGCUCUCAUUGGUGUCAACGAUACUUCAGUUCUCAGAAACCUCACUCUGCUACGUUCUCGAGAAUGUGUACUCGAGGGGUCUCGGCUGCACUGGACCGACCGUGUGUUCUGUGAUGGGAAGCUGUGUCUGACCCUGGACCACAGUGACUCGUGGAGAGCCGAAAUACCACAAGCACAGGCACUGAAGCGGUUGUUGGAUCAGGAAGUGCUGCGCACAAGAAUGCAGAGAAUCCGCCUUCAGGAGGGUUGCAUCGAGCUAAUGAAAGAACUGAGGCUUUCUCAGGAGAAUCUGGGACGCUCCUCUGUUUCAGGGAUUCCUUUGCCUCAGUUUCUGAUCCCAGUCUUGGGACUCCUGGCAUUUGUUGGACUUAUCAUAAUCAGCCUCCUUCUCUCCAAGAACCAUGGUCUGAGGCACACUGGAGGUGUUAUUGGCUCAAUCAUACACUAUCCACAAGACAUGACUGAAAUGCCUACAGAGAAAAAAGCAUCUGGUUACUGCACCUUGUGAUUCAAAGCUCCAGCUGAUGAAGUGCUCUCGUCCUGCUCCAUUUCUAUUGUAUAAUGUGUAAUGUCAAUCUAAUGAUUUAUGUAUGGGCAGUGUUGCUCCAUGAAUGUAACCAAAGCUUUGCCACAGUGCCAACAGUCUGCCUUAUGAUGCACAUGCAGUCUGGAUCAAAUGUAAUUUCAUGCACUUUAAUGUAUACUCUAUGACCUUGUUUUUAUUGCAUAUACUUUUACUACUUCUGCAAAAAUACCAGAAUGUGUAUAUGUAAAUAUAUAUACAGCUCUAUUUUACAAAUUGAAUACCUACUUGCAGAAGUUUUCACCAGUGAUUAUUUCUGGACUAAGCUAUUCAAGUUAAAAUUAAGAAGGCAGUGUACGACUUGUUUGAUCUGUGUCAUUUAUUUACAGUAUCUCAUACACGUUAAGAAAGAGACAAUAUAAAAAUUAUAUGACAGACUGUAGAUAAAGAUCUCCUGAAAUCAAGUGUUGUGGUUAUAUAUUUACAUGUCUCUUUGUGAUCUCAAACUUAACUUUAAACUUAGUUUUUUCAUGUAUGUUGAUGUCAGUUUUUUGUAAAAGUGUUUCAUUAAAGACUUUUAAAUGAG